UCUCUACAACUUGCCCAUUCAGCCUAUGCUUGAAGACUUCUAGCGAUGGGAAAGCUUGUUCCUUUUGCAAUUCCCUCAGGGUCUGAGAUUCUGCGGCUUUUGGUGAAAUCUUUCUCUAAGGAUUCAUCAGUGUCUAGUUCUAAAGAAGGCCUGAGUCUGUGCUUGGAUGCUGGCUGCUGUCAGUGCUAUAUCCAAAGGACCAGAGGCAGACCAGAGGAUUCAGUGAUACCUCUGGGUCAGGCCAAGUCAUAGCCAGAGGGCUGAGAAUGCUUGGGGAGGGGGACCACAAAGAAAAACGGGGAUCCAGAGGCUAAGGAGGUGAAGGUUGACUUCUGCCUCAAAUCUAGGACCAGCUUGAUUCUCCCAGAGGUGGGAAGAACAGAUGCCUUCACCAGGAUGAGCUGGGCAGAAUGCCGCACUCACUAUCAGAGCUCUGGACAGGUCCAGCAGGAGAAAGGACAUUGAUCUUUUGGCAUCUCAUGUGGGCUUGGAAGCACUCAAGCAGACUCUUAUAGGAGCAGCUUGAGGAAAAAGGGCACAAGUUGCAAAGGUACCAGCUACAAAGUACAGGAGUACCUGGGAUCUGGAAAAGCAACAGAUUAGAAGUGGAGACCCAGAGGUUAAGUGAUUUGUCCACAGUCACCGAAGUAGGAAGUGAGAGAGGCAAGUUUUGAACUCAAGGCCUCUGACUCCAAAUCCAGCACUCCCUCCAGUGUACCACAUUGCUUCUAGGUCACGCACCCAUGACCUGGAACCACAGGAAGCUCUGGAUUGAGAGGAAAGACUAAAUCUCAUCGGGAGAGUCUAUUCUAGAUGGCUCAGAAAGGGUCUGUAGGAGAAGGAGACUGAAGAAUCCAUGGCUCCCUAUCAUAUCCGGAAAUACCAGGACCAAGACAGGGAAGCUGUGAUGGACAUGUUCAUUCAGGGAACACUACAUCACAUUUCUUCUGGCUUCUUCCAUCUACUGAAGCAGCCCAGAAGCUUCUUGCUCCUGCUAGGGGGCCCAGGGACCCUGUUUCUUGCCUCUGGCUCCCUCCUCCUGUCUCUCCUGGCCUUCCCAGGCAUCCUGGCCUUCCUGUGGCUAGUUGUUAGAUAUCCCUUCAACUGGUACGUGGACAAUGCUUUACACACUGACUUGCGGGACAUCAGGAAAUCCUAUCUCAGUGACAGAGGAUCUUGUUUCUGGGUGGCAGAGUCAGAGGGUCAGGUGGUGGGCAUGGUGUGUGCCUGCCGGGUUCAAGGGUUUCCAGGAGGACAGAAACGGCUGGAGCUGCUACAUUUGUCGGUGAGACCGGAGCAGCGGGGCAAGGGCAUUGCCAAAUCACUGACCCAGACUCUACUCCAGUUUGCACAGUACCAAGGGUAUGAUGCCGUGGUGCUGAGUACCCUUUGCUUUAAUUACCCAGCUCAAAGAGUAUAUGAACAGUUGGGCUUCUGGAAAGCACGUGUAGCCUUUGAUUCUUUAAAAUGGAGGGUGGUGGCUAUUCCUUUUUUCUACUAUGAAUAUUCAGUCCCUUAUUCACUCUGAAAGCUCCAUGAGCCAUCUUGGCCUUUAGCUUUUUAUAGAUUGGCCCCCCUAUUUUAGUGAUGGCUCACUAAAAGCUCUUACCUUAACCACCACCAUUGACUUUCUCCCCUUGUGGCAAAAGGCCUUCUCCCAAACAGAGGGGCUUAAGAUGGGUAAAAUCGCAGGAUCUCAGCAUUGGAAAGGACCUCACUGGCAUCCAGCUAACCCACUGCUAACCAGAAUCCCUACCACAAUGUACCUGACAAAUGGCCAUCCAGGCUCUGCUCAGACAACUUCAAUGAGGGAAGUGCUUAGAAGACAGCCCAUUCUACCUUGGAUGGCUCUAAUUGUUAGGAAGAUUUCAUUUAAUGCUGCCUAAUCUCCUUCUCUGUGAUCCCCCCCCCCCCCACUUACUUCUCAUUCUUGCUGCUGCGACCAAGUGGAUUUCUCUUCUACAUAGCUUCCUUCAUAUCCUUGGUGAUGACUAUCCUGUCAACCUCUCUAGUCCAAUCCAAUUCAAUAAACAUUUAUUAAGUGCCUACUAUAGAAGUGCUAGGGAUAAGUUAAUAAAAAGAAAGCUAAUCUCUGCCCUCAAGAAGCUUACAGUUUAAAAGGGGGCUAUUUUCAAAAAUGAUUAGAGACAAGGAAAAGAAUGCAUAUGUUCUAAAAAUGUUUAUAGCAGCUUUCUUUGCUGUGGCAAAGAACUGGAAAUUGAGGGGAUGCCCAUCAAUUGGGGAA